AUGAGGUUAACUUUGCGUUUGUUGUCUUCUACAGUUAAUAAAACACCUUUUUAUGUCUCCACACCUAUAUUUUACGUGAACGCUGCACCACAUCUGGGCCACUUAUAUACAGCGCUGGUUGCAGAUGCCAUUCAGAGAUUUGAGAAACUUGUCAACCCUAACACCCAGGUCAUAUUUAGUACAGGUACAGACGAACAUGGCACAAAAAUACAGCAGGCGGCCUCUAAAGCCAAGAUGUCCCCAUCAGAAUAUUGUACCAAUAUAUCUAAUGAAUACAGGGGCCUGUUCAAAGAGUUUGAUGUCGAAUACACUGAUUUCAUACGCACCACUGAAGAGAGGCACAAGAUUGCUGUCAAGCAUUUUUGGAGCAAGUUAAUGAAGCAAGAUUAUAUAUACAAGUCAAAAUACAAUGGUUGGUAUAGUGUAAACGAUGAAGCAUUUGUACCUGAGACACAUGUCAAGGAUGAAAUAAGGAAUGGUGAACAGGUGAAAGUAUCGAUUGAGUCAGGCCACAAAGUUGAAUGGACAGAGGAGACCAACUAUAUGUUCAGGCUUAGUGCAUUCAAAACCCAUCUUCAGGAAUGGCUAAAAAAUGACGGAGUUAUAACACCUGCCAAGUUUCAGAGACAACUACAAGAAAUGUUGCACAAUGACGUGUACUUUCCCGACAUAUCAGUGAGCAGGCCGACCAGCAGGGUCCAUUGGGCUAUACCAGUGCCUGGUGACGAGGAGCAGAGUAUAUAUGUAUGGUUGGACGCUCUUAUAAACUACCUAUCGGUGAUCGGGUACCCUGAUGAGGAGGCCAUGAAGCUGAGGGGCAGACCCUGGCCUGCUGAUGUACAGGUAGUCGGCAAGGACAUACUCAAGUUCCACGGCAUCUACUGGCCAGCGUUUCUAAUGGCGAUAAAAUGGCAUCCGCCACGUAGGCUGGUGUGUCAUUCCCACUGGACUGUGGACGGCAGCAAAAUGUCCAAGUCUUUGGGUAACGUGGUCUGCCCGCGGUCAACCCACGUGGGCAACGAGGCGCUCCGGUACCUCCUGCUUAGGGAGGCGACGAUGGCUACUGAUGCUAAUUAUAGUGAAUCAAAACUAAUUAAUGUAGCGAAUUCGGAGUUAGCCGACACGUUAGGUAACCUAGCUUCCCGUUGUUGUGGCGCGGUGCUGAACCCUCGCAGUGAGCACCCCCCUCUCCACGCAGCGGAGUUCGCGUCACUCGCCACUGACCAACACGCCACUCUACUCAUACAGCACGUUGAGGAACUACCAGAAUUAGCUCGCCUACACUACAGAAACUACCACUUCUAUAAGGCAGUGGAUGCCGUCAUCAAAGUACUCCAUCUCGCCAAUCUGUUCUUCGAAACGCACAAACCUUGGGAACUUCGCAAAAAGCCUGAACUACAGAAAGAACUAGAUGUCAUAUUACACAUAACUAUGGAGACCCUCAGGAUAUGCGGAAUUAUUUUACAGCCAAUAAUUCCCGCUAUGACUUGUAAAUUAUUAGAUAAACUACAUAUUAGUAAGGAUUGUAGAAGCUGGCAACACUGUGAGACGCCAUCUUGGAGAAUAAAAGGCGCCAUUUAUGAAACGAAGAAGAUUCAAAGCGGGAAAUUUGUUUUGUUUCAAAGGAUUUAUGAAAAGAAAAAUGUUGAGAAGAAAAAAGUCAAUGUGUAA